UAUACAUAUCAUAUAGAGAGAGAAAGAAGUAGUACUUGCUCCUUUGCUUUAAUAGUUGUCGGCUUUUGCUUUUACCACUCGCCAUCUUCUCCGCCUUCACCACCACUCUUUUCUGCAACGAGUUCACACGAAACGGCAGUGUGCGUGAAAUGCCGGUAAUCUGCAUCUGAGAUCUCUGCAUUUUCCUUUUUUGUAAGGUUAUGGGCAGUGUGUCGUCGGAGGAAGGCAGUGAGGAGAGAUGCGGGAGCUACAGCUUGAGCGCUGACAUCAGCGAGUCGGAGAGCUCCAAUGGCCAAGUAGAGGAGGACGAGUGCGGCGGCGCGUCCAGCUCCGCAGGAUUUUCUCCCUUCGCCGCCGGCGCUUCGGCGUCCUUGUCGCCGACUUUUAGUUUUCCGGUCAUCGGAGGCAAAGAUGUGGUGGUAUGGGACGAGAAGCCGCUCAAACGUAGCUCUGAUUUGUCAGAAAUUGAGAUGAUGAAGGAAAGAUUUGCGAAGCUUCUCUUGGGGGAAGACAUGUCGGGCGGAGGUAAAGGAGUUUGUACUGCGCUAGCAAUUUCGAAUGCUAUCACCAAUCUCUCUGCCACUGUAUUUGGUGAACUAUGGAGGUUGGAGCCGAUGGCUCCUCAAAAGAAGGCAAUGUGGUGCAGAGAGAUGCAAUGGCUCUUGUCUGUGAGUGAUUCGAUUGUGGAACUUGUUCCCUCCAUUCAACAAUACCCGGGUGGGGGCACAUAUGAGGUGAUGGCAACAAGACCACGCUCAGACUUAUAUAUGAACUUGCCAGCGCUCAAGAAGCUAGAUGCGAUGUUGAUCAGCAUUCUUGAUGGGUUUUGUGACACGGAGUUUUGGUAUGUUGAUCGUGGAAUAGUUAUGGAUGAUCACGAUAAGUAUUCACCUGGUUCAUUGUCCGGGAGGCCUUCAGUUCGACAGGAGGAGAAGUGGUGGCUUCCGUGCCCUAAGGUUCCUGGGAAGGGUCUGUCUGAAGAGUCAAGGAAGAGGUUACAACAAUCCAGGGAUUGCACAAACCAGAUACUGAAAGCAGCAUUAGCCAUAAAUGCCAAUGUGCUAGCUGAGAUGGAUAUUCCAGCAGCCUACAUUGAAACAUUGCCAAAGAACGGAAGAGAAUGCUUGGGUGACAUCAUCUACAAGUAUAUUACGGCUGAUCAGUUCGCACCUGAACGCCUUCUUGAUUGCCUCGACUUGUCAACAGAGCAUCACACUCUAGAUGUAGUAAAUAGAGUCGAGGCAGCUGUGCAUGUUUGGAAGAUGAAAGAAAAGAAGAAACACCCUAAUGAUGCGAAAUCUAAACGGAAGUCAUGGGGUGGUAAGGUGAAGGGUUUUGUAGCUGAUGGAGAAAAAAGUCUAUUUCUGGCUCAACGUGCUGAGACAUUGCUGCAAAGUCUUCGGCUUCGCUUCCCUGGCCUUCCACAAACUGCUUUAGAUAUGAGCAAAAUUCAGUACAACAAGGAUGUAGGGCACUCGAUUCUUGAGAGCUAUUCACGAGUAAUGGAGAGUUUAGCUUUCAAUAUAAUUGCUAGGAUCGAUGAUGUUGUGUUUGUGGAUGAUGCCACAAGGCGCUGUGCUGCAGCAGAGUCCAUGUCAAUCUUUGGGAGGGGAGGUGGCUUCAACGGCCUGCCAAUCCAAAAGAAGAUGUCACCAAGUCCCUUCUCCAUUCAGCACACGCCCUACACAUCUCCAUUCGCAACUCCAACCUUCUGUUCAUCCCCGCCCAUGCCCAAUAGCCCGAGAAGGUCUGUUAGUCCACUGAACAAGACUUCCCAGACAAGAGUGCAAAACCAUAAGUUCGACAAGAUAGUGCCCGCUGAUCUGGAUAAAGUCUGGUCCUACACUGGAAAUCUAGGGUCCAGGAGAGUCCCGUGGAAUGCCCCAGAACGUGAUUGAUGAUCUAGAUAUCUGGUUGGUGUUAAAUAGUGGAUGAUUCAUCUUUAUAUAUCCUGUAUAUUUGCGUAGUAUAUGUACCAGUUGAAGUUUUGUUCUUUCUUUUUAGCACUUGACAAGAUAAAUUAGGUUUAUUUGUUACCGCAGUUAUGCAGUUGCAACACUAAAUUUGUGUUCUCUA